AUGGGAAAGCCAUUUGGUGAAGCCAUCAAAAUCGGUGAAAUGGUGGAGAAUGGGUUGAAAACAGGGCGAAUCUUGAGUCAGUCUGCUAUAAGGGCUACCUCCCAAGCAAUCCAAGGUGGGCCUGGAGGAGUAGCAAACCGAAAGAAGAAAGAAGAAGUAACAAUGGAAACUUCGAGUGUAAGAAAACCCCAUCCGUCCAGACUUCAUUUCUCUGAAAGAGCCCCACAACACUACUACCCCCAUCAAGAUACGACCUACACUAGGGAUAUUCAGCCUUACACAGUGAUGAAUGCACAACCAUAUGCUAGGCCACGACAACAAUUUCACCAAAACCAAGUUCAAUUUCCCAGAAAUCAACUUCCUCACCAAGCUCAGUAUAAUCCCCGACCUCCACAAAAUAAUCUCCCCUACAACGGCCGCACUCGAGAGCCGCCCAGGAAAACGAACUUCACACCUAUUGGUGAGUCAUAUUCCAACCUUUUCCCUAAAUUGGUCCAAAUGGGUUUGUUACAACCCGUACCCCCAAAUAGGCAAAACCUAGAGUCACCCUCUUACCAACCUGGCACCCGAUGUGCCUAUCAUUCGGGAGCAGAAGGGCACGAUACCAAUGAUUGUUGGACUUUAAAAAGGGCGAUAGAGAACUUGAUAGACCAGGCAAAAAUAGUUUUAAGGGACGAGGAGAUCCUAAAUGUGACCAAUAAUCCAUUGCCCGCUCACAAUAAUGGACCGGUGAUUGGGAUGAUUUGUGAAGACAAGGAGUUUGAUCCUACCCUGAAAGCUAUAAUCGCUAUUGUCGAUGCAGAGAGAAAGCUUAAAGCAGCCCCGAAGCAAGAAAAAGGGGAAAAAAAGACUAAUACUGUCAAGGUUGAGCUCGAAAAGAAGGCUGAGACAAAGACAGAGAAGAUGGUGCCUUCGAAGAAUGAGGUUCUCUAUAUUCCACAAGGCCGAUCAAAGAAGCCACAGAGAUUCGAGAUAAAAAGGGAAACACCGAUGUACGUGUCGAAAGGGGCCUAUGUGGUCCGGGGGACGAUUAAACCACCUCGGCUGAACGAGCCAGUGGUUAUCAGACGCGUACCACAGAAGCCAAUGACAGACCCGUCUACGGUACCAUGGAAUUAUCAACAAAUAGUGGUUACAUACAAAGGCAAAGAAAUCACGGGGGAACUUCCAGAAAAUACUUCUGUUGGAAAAUAUUCAGACAUUCAAGAAGUGAACAAUGCCACACGGAAGCGCUUCCCACCCAAGAAGCCUAUAAGUGCUGAAGAGGUAGAGGCUUUCUUCCAAAAGAUGAAUAUGCCUGAAUAUGAAGUGGUGGAUCAGUUGCGCAAAUACCCUGAACAAGUGUCUAUGCUAUCUUUGCUAAUGAAGUCCACCGAACAUCAGAAGAUCCUGCUCAAAACCUUGAACGAAGCAUAUGUGCCGGCUGAGACUUCAGUUGAACAACUUGAAAGAAUGACGGAAAGAUUCUUUGCGGUUAGUCAAGUUUCUUUUAGCAAGAACGAUUUGCCUCUGGAGGGAGCAGCUUACAACAAGGCUUUACAUCUGACAGUCAAGUGUGAAGACUACUACGUCAAACGAGCUUUUGAAGUUGUGUUGGCGGAGAAGUAUGAAGAAGGGAGCCCUUGCCCCCAACCUUUCUUGUCCAACGCUUCGAUCAUGGUUGCUAAAGAGAUGAUCCGAUGGGGAUUCAAACCGGGAAAAGGACUUGGAAAAUCGUUGCAGGGAAUAAUUGAACCUAUCACUUUGCCUUCUACUGAGAAACUCUUUGGGAUAGGUUUCCACCCUACUCCAAAAGAUGAAGAUUGGGCAAAGAAGAGAAAAAAUGAGGGAUGGAAGUUACCUCAACCAUUGCCACAUUUGUACGAAACUUUUGUCAGACCAAAGUACGCUGAAGAAGAAGAUGAUGAGGCCUUUACAGUCGAAGAGAUUGAAGAAAUAUGUGGGGAAAUGAGAGAAAUGUUCUACGAAACUCACAUGGUUCAGCUGGGAGAAGGCACAACCACCGCUGAGGUGCUGUACAUGGGGCCAAAUGCUAAGCUUCAAAAUUGGGAGGCUACGUUGUUCCCAGUCAGGCGGGAGUCCGGGUAG